CCUUCAACUCCCAGCCAAAAGCCAGCAACUUUCUACAAUCCACAUCGGAAUCCCAUUGACGACUCGAAUUGUUAGACGCGGCGCUGCCGUGCUGUUAGAUACGAUGUCCGCGAUCACAAAAUCCCUGCGAUCUUUAAAGGUCCCGUCACUUGCGUCGUUUUUCAAAUGGCGCAAAGCUCCCAAAGUCCAGCCGCGUGUGGCCAUGGGACCGCCUCCGCCUCGAUCGUAUCCUCCGCCCAUGGUCGGGAAACGACGACCGCUUACAAAGAUGGUCAAUGCCGCGUUGAACAGUCGUCCCCCUCGUCCGAAACUUCGAGAUCUGGGAAUCCGCGUCCAUGAAGUUCCCCCGAGUCCAUUCCCGAUAUGCAAAGAGCCCCUCAAAGUCCUCACCGAAACGCAUAUCCGGCACCUCGAUCCCUCCGGCACGCGGACGCGGUUGUUCGCGCCAACCAACCCCGAACGAGUCUGCCCCGGCGACAUUCUCCUCGUGCGGCAACGGAGCGGCGACCCGUUCGCCGGCGUGGUGAUCAGCAUCAAAAGGGCAGGGACGGACACGGCGGUGCUGCUGCGCGGCCAAUUGACGAGGGUCGGCGUGGAGAUGUGGUUCAAGGUCUACAGUCCGAACGUGGUCGGAAUGGAGGUGGUGAAGCGGGCGGAGAAGCGGGCGAGAAGGGCGCGGUUGACGUAUCUCCGGAAACCGGAGCACGACAAGGGAUCCGUUGAGAAUGUGGUCAGGCACUAUCUCAAACAGAGGGCUGCGUUGGGUUCGGCGAGCGCGAACGCGACGUUGAAGAAGACUAGCAAGAGAUGAUCGUGUUGAUUUGUCAUGGCAUUGAAUGGCGUUAUUCGGAAAGAGACAAAAGACUGGGUUUGCAUGGAUUACGGGCUUGAGCGUUCGUACCCAUUUUGAUCGCAUUGCACCGGUUUACUAGACAUGGAGAUGUUGGAUUGACAUCACGGGAGAGUCAUACGAAGGCAGAAUGGACUUGUAUUGUCGUGUUUGAUGCUGAUAGUCAGCACAGCAGGCCAAUCCACCCGUGCCUCCGCCAAGCGCGGCUGUAAAACAUCUGUUAGAAGUUUGUACAUAUAGUUAAACGAUCUCAUCGCACGCUAAAUGGAUCCUCA